AUGGCGCCUCUCAGAACCUUAAUGGCUUUGGCCAGCUCCGGGGUAUUAUCCUCGACCUGGGCUAAGCUUGUACAUUUUGAACUGAAUGUUACCUGGCAAAUGGGUGCGCCAGAUGGAAAUGCUCGAGAGAUGAUCUUCAUGAACGAUCAAUUUCCUGGGCCCGAAUUGCGGCUAGACCAGGGUGACGAUGUCGAGUUUGUGGUGCAUAACAAUCUUCCCAUGAAUACCUCGGUGCAUUUUCAUGGGAUUGAGCAACACAACACACCAUGGUCAGAUGGUGUUGUCGGCCUAACACAGAAGCCAAUCCAGCCAGGACAGAGCUGGACUUACCGAUGGAAAGCCACUCAGUACGGAACCUACUGGUACCACUCUCACGCCCGCGCAGAAAUGACCGAUGGACUGUACGGUCCAAUCUGGAUCAACCCGGCCCCUGAAACUCCUCUGCCAUUUUCGUUGAUUUCAAAUGAUGCUGCGGAUAUUGCUGCAAUGGAACAAGCAGAGAAGAAUCCUCAGCUUGUAAUGCUUUCCGACUGGGACCAUCUCACAUCAGAGCAAUACCAAAAGGCUCAGGAAGACAGUCGGUUGAAUAUAUUCUGUAUGGACAGUGUCCUGAUCAAUGGUCGGGGAGCCGUCUACUGCCCUGGAACAAAGAACAUUUCGAGUGUCGAGCUCUCUUAUCUCAAGACUGCUAUCGAUAACCAACCUCUGACAGAUAAGGGGUGUCUGCCCAAUAUAUAUGAGACUCAGGGUGACUUCCCCCCAACCGAUGAGAGCAAGAUCCCUGGCGGACUGAACGCUGGCUGCAGCCCUACUAAUGGAUAUCACGAAAUCAUUGAAGUUGAUCCUAACGUUGGCUGGGUCAGUUUCAAGUUUAUUAGUGCCGCAUCACUCAAGGCUCUAAUGUUCUCCAUUGACGAGCACCCAAUGUACAUUUAUGAAGUCGAUGGAAGCUACGUGGAGCCUAUACUGGCUGAAAGUGCAAGUAUCUACAAUGGUGAGCGUUAUGCAGCUAUGGUCAAGCUCGACAAGCCUUGGAAAGAUUACACAAUCCGUAUUCCCGACACUCAAGGGGACCAGGUUAUCUCCGGUUUCGCUACAAUGCGCUACAAGGGCUCCUCCAACACAGAUCCUUCUUUGCCCUAUAUCGAUUAUGGUGGCAGGAAUACCUCUGCAUCUGUCACUGCUCUUGACAAUAAGGCCAUCAGACCCUACCCUGCUGAGACCAUCCCCACUGCUGCUGAUCAGCUGGUCAACUUGACAAUUGGCCGUUCUGGCUCGUCAUUCACCUGGACUACGUCGGGGGGCCCAUUAUAUGAUAUGAUGGCUAACUGGGAUGAUCCAAUUCUUUAUGACUUGAACGCAAGAAACGACCUUGACCCUCAAGUUACUAUUCAAACAAAGAAUGGCACAUGGGUCGACUUACUUCUGCAGUUGGGUGACUUGCCAAAUACUCCUCAUAUCCAGGCUCCCCAUGUUAUGCAUAAACAUUCUAACAAGGCAUACAUCCUUGGUGUAGGUGAAGGCUUUUUCAAUUGGACAAGCACAGCAGAAGCAAUUGCUGAGCAACCAGACCUCUUUCACCUGGACAACCCUCAGAAGCGAGAUACAUUUGUCACAAAUGGACCUACUGGCCCCACUUGGAUGAUUAUCCGCUAUCAAGUCGUGAACCCGGGCCCCUUCCUGUUUCAUUGUCAUAUUGAAACCCACAUGGCAAAUGGGAUGUCUGUUGCUUUGCUCGAUGGAAUUGACCAAUGGCCGACCGUUCCUGCAGGGGAGGAUCAAAGUCCAGGGGCAGCCUUGAGCCCUAUUCCGAGUCAAAGCACUCCUCCCAGCGGCCCACCGCCAUAUUCCUUGCCGCCGACUUCUCCCCCAGCCUCUUCUUCUCGUCCCCCCACCCUCUCCAGCUCGCCCGCAUAUCCAUCCCAGCCAGCUUCCUCGACACGACCAGUUUACCCUUCUGCACCUACCUCUAGACCUGUUUAUGUUCCCCCAUACUCCUCUACCGCCUCUCCUCCUACUCAGCCCACUCCUUCGGGGUAUUCCACAUUAUAUGCCGAGCCUCCCUCGCCAUCCUGGCUACGGAAGCACAAAGAGCUCCUGAAGGAUUUCCUUCCUUUCCAGAGGAAUGUCGAAGAAGAGCAUGCGAUGCAGACAAAGUAG